AUGUUCUUAGAUGGCUGGUCUGCAUGUUUCCCUCUCCCCUAUGCCAGUUACACCCCCCUGGUACUGAGCGUACUGAGCGGUACUGAGCACUUAGGAUCAGUGGCAGGCAGAGGAGCGCAGAGGGCUGUUAGAUUAAAUCAGUUUGUCUUUUUCAUUUCAAGCCUAAAGAAGAAAAUGUUGAAUUUGGAACGAAUACCAGAUCAAAUAGGAUACCUUCUGUUAGCAGAAGAUGGUGCCGUUAUUUCGUCUGGUGGAGAGUUGGAGAAUGACGAGCGUAUUGCCAAUGUUAUUUAUGGGCUGGUCACCUUGACUGAUAGACUUGACUCAGCAGUUCAAGAGGAUGGGUACAAGAGAAUUUCUGUUGUGUAUGAUGAUCACUGCUAUGUUAUCUGUCUCUCUAACAAGAAGAUUCAUGUAGUGAAACGAAAAUUCUCCCUGAAUGAGACAGAACCUGCAGUUGCCUAGCUGUGGCUAAUGUGAAGUGUUUCAGUGUACAAAGGUAACUCAGUUUCUAACUGAAGCUGUAACUGGCGGAACUGUUGAUUAUGUGACAGUCUGCUCUGACCAGUUUUGAUGUUACUGACAGUUACAGAUCCUUUACCUCCUGUGAAGGUGACAAAUUUUGACAAACUGAUGAAGUGUGGUGUACAUAUGAGGGCUGUCCGAAUUGAAAGGUACAGCACCAAAUUACAUCAGUAUAUUUAUUGCAAAAGAAAACUUUAAUAAAGUCAAGAAACAGUACAUACUAAUGUUUAUUUUUCCAAAUAGUCACCUUUAGCAUUGAGACAUUUAUCCCAUUGUUUUAUGAUGGCAUUCUUUCCGAGGGAUGUGAAGUCUUGCACAGCUGUUUUUUUGCAGUGUGUUUUGGUCCUUAAAUCUUUUUCCUGAUAAGAAAUUCUUAAACGGCCCGAAGAGAUAGAAAUCCAAUGGCGCUCGAUCAGGACUAUGUGAUGGAUGCUGCAGACUUUCCAACUUUCACUUUUUCAACCAGGCCACUGUAUGGGCUGAAGUGUGAGGUCAUGGCUCUGUGUUUCUGUGGACCAUCAUUCAGUGCUUUUUGGCCAUCUUUAAAUUUGUUGCAGCACACAGACACUUCCUUUUGGAUGAAAACUUUGUGAUUGUAAACACACUCUGACUCACUCCUGCUUGCAGAAAUCUGACCACUAUGCAGACCUCAAACUUGGAAUAAUUUUCAGUCACACCAGCCAUUUUGUUUGCUUGUAAAGCUUUGAUACAUGGAUACUAUACGAAACCAUCGCAGCUGUUUCUCUACCCAACAUACCAAUAUGUGCAAGUGACAAUGAUAUGUCACAUGCAGGCCCUUGUAUAGAAUUGCUGGGUUUUUGGACUCAAACUGCCCUUGUAUUACACCAUUCAUGAAAUUAGUCAUUAUGGCCAAAAAUUGUUUUGGCUUGUGAAGCAGUGAUUUCCAGAAAUUUGAAAUCUUGUUGAAUAUAUGUGAAUGAAUAUUAUUGUGAGAUUUUUCCCCUUGUUUAUAAUGUUCAGAGAGGAACGUGUGAUAAUAUUAAAUUACAUCAGAUGUUAGUUUGUACUUCUCUUCAAUUUAUUUAUUGCUGGUGUAUGAAAAUAUAUAACUGUUAAAAUUUCAGUUUCGUUGUUAUACUGUGUUCUAAGGUGUGCUGAAUCAUGUAUUUACACUACUUGUGUCUUAUAACGUCUGUGUGAGCUUGUACUGAUGUUUCAUUACGAUGUUGAACAUGUUAUGUUGGUUAUCACUCUCCCUAGUAUGUUUUUAUUCUUCUAUCAAUUUAUUGACUUUAUUAAAGCAAUAUAUGUGGAAGUUUUCUUUUAUA